CUCAGUCCCAUCUAGUCAAGUCUCGUGUACUCUCAGGAUUGACUCUGUUGCUCGUGCAAAUCCUAAAGUCGCAAUGGCAAUGUCUGCAUAUAAGGACUUGGGCCUGGGUCUUGUCGCGGAGCACCCCUAUGUUCCUCUUCUUCUUUUUACAGUCGGGCUUGCUUCCUUUGCGAAGUUCGCCAUCAAGGCGUCUGCGGUCUUCCUACAGACUUUCAUCUUGCCUGGCACCAAUCUGAAGAAGUACGGAGCCGGUCGAGGUGCAUGGGCAGUGGUUACUGGCGCAUCUGAGGGUAUUGGAAGAGAGUUUGCUCUCCAGCUAGCCAAAAAGGGCUUCAACAUUCUUGUUACCGCGCGGAAUGCUGCAGCGUUGGAUGCCUUAGUUGCGGAGAUAGAGUCGAGCUCAAACGUCAAGGCAAAGGCCGUCGCAAUGGACUUCUCAAAGCUAUCGGACCCGAGUCUUUGGGCACGAUUCGAAUCUGCACUUGAGCCCCUGGACAUCGGCGUGCUCAUAAAUAACGUCGGCAAGUCUCAUACCGCCCCGGUGUACUUCGCCGAGGUUGCCUCACAAGAGGUCGAGGAUAUUCUGGCCAUCAACGUCAACGCGACCACCCGUGUCACUAAGAUCGUCCUCCCGGGCAUGGUAAACAGGAAGCGCGGACUGAUUCUGAAUAUGGGCUCCUUCUCUGGGACGGGUAUCCCGUCACCCAUGCUCGCGACUUACGCGGGUACAAAAUCAUUCCUCUCCGCAUUCACCGCUUCUCUGGCGGAAGAGGUCAAGGCCAAGGGCGUUGACGUACAAUGCCUCAACACAUACUUUGUGGUAUCCAACAUGUCGAAGAUCCGCCGUGCCAAUGUCACUACCCCCACGCCUAAGGACUAUGUUCGCUCUGUGCUCUCGAAGAUUGGCUUGCCGUGUGGAGCGCUUUGGACGGGUCGUCCAAAUGUCAGCACUCCUUACUGGAGCCAUGCAGUGAUCGACUAUGCCAUGAAUUUGAUUGGCUGGAAGAUGUUAUUCGUCCGAUAUACGCACAAUCUGCAUCGUAGCAUCCGCAAGCGCUACUUGAAGAAGUUAGAAAGAGAGGCGAAAAAACAAUAAGCGACAUGCUCAACACAUAUGUCAUAUACUCUGGUGUUGUUGCUUGUUGCUUAGUUGUCUAACGUAGGAUUUCUUGG